UUGUUCUGCAGUCAGACUGUUUUCAGAGACAGUUCAAUGUCCUCUCUGAUACAUCAUGAAGCUUUACGUAAUCCUCCCGCUGUGGGCCCUGUUCACCGUCACCCAGCAGGAUGCACCAUCAGAUAAUUGUGUGUGUGAGUUCAUCAGCUCAGAGAAAUCGUUCCCUUAUGACAAGCUGAAAACAGCACAGGACAGCGCUUCAAGCUGCACAAAGACCAUCACUCCACAGAAGGUAGGCCGGCCUUUGCCCUUGGACAGCUUGCUGCUGGGCCUGAAUCGACGCCUGUCCCAGCUGGAGCAGGACGUGGCAGUCCUGGAAAAGGAGGACGAUGGAAAACUGUUUGGAGCGCUGAGUCUGCACGUCGUCGAGAACGAGCUCACAGAGAUCCAGCAGAUGAUCGAUAAGCUCAACAGCACUGCUAGAGAAAGCAAGCAGCUCAGUGAAGAUAUGGCUCAGAAGCUGGAGGACGUAAAGGAAGAGAUGGUGGAGCUGGAAAAGUUUGACACCAUGCAGGUGGUGAAAAGGCAACAAGCCAACCAGCGCCUGAAGAGAGACCUGGACCAGUGCAUGAACAAUGGAGUUCACGGCACCAUAAAACCCCCUGAGCCUACGGCUGGUACCUGUCCAUACGGUCAGUUCAUCAAUAUCACCGGACCGAGGGUCCACACAGGUGGAGAAUAUGCUGGUUCAUACAAAUAUGGAGCCUGGGGCCGGGAUCCCAAACCAGAGCCAGGGAAGGAGAGCUGGUAUUGGAGGGUGAUGCUGACGUCCAGCAACAGAUACGCCCAUUACGUCCGUCUCUACUCCACUCUGAGCUCUCUCAUUGUUGGGAUCAGUGUUCCCGGUAACAUCCAGAUUUCUCCUUCUAACCCAACCACCAACACCAUCCAAGGCCCGAACGCGGUUCUGUACGCAGGGGCCCUGUACUACAACUGUUACAACAAAGCUGCUGUUUGUCGAUUCAACCUCACCUCCAAAACUGUGACCUCCUUAGAUUUACCGAAAGGAACCAGGUAUAACUCAAAGGGGGACUUCUGCCACCUUGAAGAUUGCUACCCGUUUACCGACGUGGACCUGGCCACGGACGAGUCGGGCGUCUGGGUGGUCUACACCACUACCCAGAACUUUGGGAACCUGGUGCUAUCCAAGGUGGAGGAGAGUGAUCCGCCGAAGCUCGGCAAAACCUGGUGGACUUCAGUCUACAAGCGAAGCGUGACCAACACCUUCAUGGCCUGCGGUGUCCUCUAUGCGACACGUUAUGUCGACCAAAACAGAGAGGAGAUAUUUUAUUCCUUUGACCCGACAACGGGGAAGGAGAAUUUCAACGUUGGCAUCCACAUAAACAAGGUGAUGCCUAACAUUCUGUCCUUAAACUACAGUCCAGUGGACCAGAUGUUGCACGCGUACUGCGAUGCCCAAAUGGUCUCUUACAAGGUUUUGUUUGAAUCGAUGGGUAACACCUUUACAUAUUAAAAAGCUAAAAACAACAGUAAUGUUCCCAUUAAUAUACAGAUUCACUAAAGCAUUGAGCUAAUGUAAGAGAAACAUGUUAUUCUAUGUCUUAAAAGUAUAUAUUUUUAAACAAAUGGUCUUCCUUCAAUAAAGUUAUCAACUUCUGCUUUCCAGUUUCAACAACUAAUGUCAUCUCCCUACUGUCUGCUAUUGUUUAAGUUGUACAAAAAAGAAAUUAGUUGCGUUCUCAACCAUCAACUGAAAUCAUAAUGUUUAAUAGCUUGCUAAAUCUAGCUAGCAAUGACAAAUCUCAGAGAUGGUCAGAGGUGAAUAGAUGAAAUUAAAAUCCCCAACCAAAAAGAUGAUCCACAGAAAGUGCAUCUAAAAUGGGGGAGCAGUCACAAUGUGGAGAGCUUUAUAAAAAAAAAAAAAAAAAAAAACUGAAAAGAUUUUCACAAAACCCCAGACAUAAAGUCAGACUUUUAGUUUUCUUUCAGCAAAGACUUUCUUCUCACCGCUCUUCCGUGAAGGCCAGAUCUGUGGAUAGCAGGGCUGUUUUCCUGUUGACUGAUUCUGGCACCGGACAUGUGGAUCUCUACAGCUCCUCCAGAGUUACAGUACCAUGAGCAUCUUGGCAGCUAAUCUUACUGAUACUUUUUUUAUUUUCUCGUCAUAGAUUGAACAGUUGUAAAAUGUUCACAGCUUGAUGUGCUGCUUUAAACUUCCCCACAACGUUGACCUGUCUGCUCUUUUUCCUUGUCUUCAUGAUACACUCAGGUGGACUCUAUUUGCUAAUCUGGGGAUUUCUGGUUGAACUGGGUUUUAUUUAAAAGGGUCUGAAAUAAAAGUCUAAGGCACC